AUGGGGUCCGGAGGCGGGCUGCGGCUGGCGGCGGUAUUGGCGGCUGCCGUACUCUGCGGGCCCGGGGGGCUCGCUGGGCGCGUCCUCAGCGGUCAAAAAGUGUGCUAUGGUGACUUCAAGCAUUCUUGUUAUAAGUUAGCUUAUUUCCAGGACUUGUCUAGACGUGUGGGCUUUCAGGAGGCCCGCCAAGCUUGUGAAAUUGAUGGUGGGGCUUUACUAAGCUUGGAAAGUGAAGCUGAGCAGCAACUAAUAGAAAACAUGUUGCAAAACCUCACAAAGUCAGGAUCCGGGAUUUCUGAUGGUGAUUUCUGGAUUGGGUUGUGGAGAAGCGGUGAUGGACUAGCCACCUCAAGUGCCUGCCCUGACCUCUACCAAUGGGCUGAUGGAAGUAUUUCGCCAUUCAGAAAUUGGUAUACAGAUGAGCCUUCCUGUGGAAGUGAAGCCUGUGUUGUGAUGUAUCAUCAACCAACUGCAAACCCUGGUCUGGGAGGGCCAUACCUUUAUCAGUGGAAUGAUGAUAGAUGCAAUAUGAAGCACAAUUUUAUCUGCAAGUAUGGCCCAGAUAAUGUCCUAGAAAAAGAAUUAGGAGCCAGAGCGGAGCCAGAUUACGACAUUUUACCAACAGUGCCGGCAGGAAAUCCUUAUGACACAAGCAAACCAGAAGAUCAAUAUCAUAUUAUUGCUACUGAAACAGGUAUAAUUCCGAAUCUAAUCUAUGUCAUAAUACCUACUAUACCACUACUGCUGUUGAUACUGGUGGCUUUUGGGACAUGUUGCUUCCAGAUGCUUCAUAAAAGUAAAGGAAGAACAAAAACCAGUCCAAACCAGUCUACACUAUGGAUUUCAAAAACGCCUAGGAAGGACAGUAGCAUGGAGGUAUAA